AAGGUGGAGGCCAGACGUAGCGGCAGCCGGCCAGCACGGAGAUGCUGCUCCUGAGGCCGGGGGCGGGAAGGUGGCUGCGGGAGCCACGGCCUCGGGGACUUGGCGCCGCGGACGCUCAAGGCUGAAGACACCGAACCUUCCCCCAAGGGUGGCACGCACCCCAGCCUGUACCAUUUCCGUUCCCCGCGGACGCCUGCCCGGGACCUGGGACGUCCAGUGAAGAAACCCUCCUGGUCUCUGGGACACUGAGCAGAUGCGUACGUUUCUUCUCUCCAGCAGCAAACCCCAAGGCCCUUGUGCCUGGGCAUCAGAAGUUAAAACCGCACCCUGCACACUUUCACCCCUAAGUCUCUUAUCCUCGAACUGAAGACAGCGGCCACCCAAAUCCUCCCUCAUUGCCCAUCUUAGUUUUUACCCAAUAAGCACAACACCUCCAACGAAAAAUUCUGCGGAAGAGGACUCAUCUACGGAAAAGUUACUGUCUCAGGAGGAGGGAGAGCUCUCUGGGAGAGGAAGGCGAGGAUUCCCGGAUCCGGGGCGCCCCCGCGCCCCCCGCACCAGCUUCCGAAGACCGCGCAGAGGAAAGGGGCAUGGCGCGCUGGGCCGCGACAGGGUGCGCUGACAUGAAGCUGGAGGUGUUCAGCCCCCGCGCGGCUCACGGGGACAAGCCGGGUAGUGACCUGGAGGGCGCAGGCAGUAGCGAUGCGCCCUCUCCGCUGUCGGCAGCCGGCGACGACUCUCUGGGCUCGGACGGGGACUGUGCGGCCAACAGCCCAGCGGCAGGCGGUGGCAAGAGAAAUGCGAGCGGUGAGCCUGCCGCCGAGGAGGAGGGCCCGGCGGCGGCAGCGGGGAUCGCAGAAGCGGGCGCGGCGGGGCCCGGGGCCGAGGGCGCGGGGGUCGGCGAGGGCGGGCGCAGCAAGCCGUACACGCGGCGGCCCAAGCCCCCGUACUCGUACAUCGCGCUCAUCGCCAUGGCCAUCCGCGACUCGGCGGGCGGGCGCCUGACGCUGGCGGAGAUCAACGAGUACCUCAUGGGCAAGUUCCCCUUCUUCCGCGGCAGCUACACGGGCUGGCGCAACUCGGUGCGCCACAACCUCUCGCUCAACGACUGCUUCGUCAAGGUGCUGCGCGACCCCUCGCGGCCUUGGGGCAAGGAUAACUACUGGAUGCUCAACCCCAACAGCGAGUACACCUUCGCCGACGGGGUCUUCCGCCGCCGCCGCAAGCGCCUCAGCCACCGGGCGGCGCCCCCCGCCCCCGGGCUGCGGCCGGAGGAGGCUGCGGCCCCGCCGCCGGCGCCCGCCGCCCUGGGCUCGCCCGGCGCGCGCUCCCCCGCCCGCCAGGAGGGGCGCGUCAGCCCGGCGGGCAAGUUCUCCAGCUCCUUCGCUAUAGACAGCAUCCUCAGCAAGCCCUUUCGCAGCCGCCGCGACGGGGAUGCGGCCCCCGGGGUGCGGCUGCCGUGGGGCGCCGCUCCCUGCCCGCCGCUGCCCGCGUAUCCCGCGCUCCUCCCCGGCGCGCCCGGCGGCGCCCUACUGCCGCUCUGCGCGUACGGCGCGGCCGAGCCGGCGCUGCUAGGGGCGCGCGGAGCCGAGGCGCCGCGGCCCGCGCCGCACCUCUUGCUCGCGCCCUUCUCCGCCUCCGCCCCUGCCAAGCCGUUCCGAGGCCCAGCGGCCGGCGGCGGCGGCGGCGGCGCGCACCUGUACUGCCCCCUGCGGCUGCCCGGGGCCCUGCAGGCGGCCUCGGCCCGCGGCCCGGGCCCGCACCUGCCCUACCCGGUGGAGACACUCCUGGCCUGA